AUGUUAUUAAUGGAAUCCUAUAUGUGUUAUUGCUCGGUGCGUCUGGGUGUCAUUAUCGUUUCUGUUCUGGCUAUCAUCAGAGAAUUGAGUUUUAGCAUUACUCUGUUUGCCCUUGGCGUCAAAGUUUUCGAGCCUUUCAUCGAUUUGCUUGAGCACGACGCGGAAUAUAAGGACAGAAAGUGGGUUCGCAAGUACAUCAGUUGGUGUGAGAACGAUCCCGAGGUCUUGACCGCAGUUUCUCAAAUAAUAUUGUACGUCCAUUCGGGGGCAGCCAUCUUAAGUAUCUAUGGUGCUAUUAAGUUACGGAAGUGGUUUCUACUACCCUUGGCAUUCUGCGAGUUUGUCUACCUUAUACAAAUUACGUUUCUGCAUAUUGUGCUGAUGAUCAUGCUCAAGAAGCAGAUUAAUUUGGGCCUGCUCAUAAUUCUCACUCUCUUGGGCUGUUUCUAUAUAUUGUUUGUGGGCUACAAUGCCUGCACCUGCGUGGCCAUGUUCCAGAUCAUCGGGCUGGUGAAGAGUGAGCGCUACCGCGAGCUCUACGGAGACGAUCCCUUCCAUCCGCUGGCCAUGAGGAGCACUCGCCCCAAGGACUCCGAGAGGCCGCUCCACGUGCUGCGGAUGCACGACAUGCACGACACCAACAUCGACGAGGAGAAGCGGCUGAGCAAGCUGGGCCUGUGGCCACGUCGCCAGCCGCCGGUGGUGUCCGUUCUUCCCGUGCAGGCAGCUUAUCCGCAGCCCCAGCUGAAGUGGUGGCAGCAGCAGGCCCGGAGUACCGGAGAUGACCACCAGCCGGAUCCGUCCGUCUACCGCAACUGGCACACCAAGGAGCUGCUCAACGGAGUGGGCGGCGAUGUGCAGCGGAAGAGUGAGCUGAAUCGACGCUACGCCGAGAGCCAGAUGCACCGGUGGUACUGAUCACUGAGUCCAGGAAUGGUGGACUGUUAGUUAGU